CGGAGCGCAGAGCUGCAUGUAAGAAGUCGCGUCCUGUGCGGGCCCGAGCCUUCUUCCACACCAUGAACACGUCCCCCGGCACGGUGGGCAGUGACCCGGUGAUCUUGGCCACUGCAGGCUAUGACCACACAGUGCGGUUCUGGCAGGCGCACAGUGGGAUCUGCACCCGCACGGUGCAGCAUCAGGACUCUCAGGUGAACGCACUGGAGAUCACGCCUGACCGCAGCAUGAUCGCUGCUGCAGGUUACCAGCACAUUCGUAUGUAUGAUCUCAGCUCCAACAACCCCAACCCCAUCAUCAGCUACGACGGGGUCAACAAGAACAUCGCGUCCGUGGGCUUCCACGAGGACGGCCGCUGGAUGUACACGGGUGGGGAGGACUGCACGGCCCGGAUCUGGGACCUCAGGGGAAAGAGCGUGUGGGGGCGCCAGCAGCGUCCAGUAGAGUGUAUGUGCCCACCCCAAAGGUCCCGGAACCUGCAGUGCCAGCGCAUCUUCCAGGUCAACGCACCCAUUAACUGUGUGUGCCUGCACCCCAACCAGGCGGAGCUCAUUGUGGGUGACCAGAGCGGCGCCAUCCACAUCUGGGACUUGAAAACUGACCACAACGAGCAGCUGAUACCUGAGCCUGAGGUCUCCAUCACGUCGGCCCACAUUGACCCGGAUGCCAGCUACAUGGCGGCCGUCAACAGCACCGGAAAUUGCUACGUCUGGAACCUGACGGGGGGCAUUGGUGACGAGGUGACACAGCUUAUCCCCAAGACCAAGAUCCCGGCGCACACCCGCUACGCCUUGCAGUGCCGCUUCAGCCCCGACUCUACGCUUCUCGCCACCUGCUCGGCCGACCAGACGUGCAAGAUUUGGAGGACAUCCAACUUCUCCCUGAUGACAGAGCUCAGCAUCAAGAGCAGCAACCCGGGAGAGUCCUCCCGCGGCUGGAUGUGGGGCUGUGCCUUCUCGGGAGACUCGCAGUACAUCGUCACCGCUUCCUCUGACAACCUGGCCCGGCUCUGGUGUGUGGAGACGGGAGAGAUCAAGAGAGAGUAUGGCGGCCACCAGAAAGCUGUCGUCUGCUUGGCCUUCAACGACAGUGUGCUGGGCUAGCCUGUGCCCCCCUGGGAUUUCAGGUGGCUGUCCAGGGAGCACCUGCGGACUUGUUCUGCCCAGCUGCCCAGGUCAGAGUGAACCUCCACGGGCUAGCCUCUACCAGCCUGGCCAGCUGGACCUGCCUGGCCUACCCUGGCCCCCUCGGCCGGCUUAGACUGGCCAGGCCAGUAUGCCCUGGGAUUCUCUCAGCUCCCGGUUGCU